AUGGAGAUUCUCGAUUUGAUGCAAGCGGCAGGUAUCAGCGGCGGCAGGUAUCAGCAACGGCAGGUAUCAGCAGCGGAAGGUAUCAGCGGCGGCAGGUAUCAGCAGCGGAAGGUAUCAGCGGCGGCAGGUAUCAGCGGCGGCAGGUAUCAGCGGCGGCAGGUAUCAGCGGCGGCAGGUAUCAGCGGCGGCAGGUAUCAGCGGCGGCAGGUAUCAGCGGCGGCAGGUAUCAGCGGCGGCAGGUAUCAGCGGCGGCAGGUAUCAGCGGCGGCAGGUAUCAGCGGCGGCAGGUAUCAGCGGCGGCAGGUAUCAGCGGCGGCAGGUAUCAGCGGCGGCAGGUAUCAGCGGCGGCAGGUAUCAGCGGCGGCAGGUAUCAGCGGCGGCAAGUAUCAGCAGCGGAAGGUAUCAGCGGCGGCAGGUAUCAGCGGCGGCAGGUAUCAGCGGCGGCAGGUAUCAGCAUCGGAUUAG